AUGGAUACAAUAGAUCUAUUGGCACGUGAGAAUGAGUUCAAAAAACUUAAUAAACAAUUGGAAAAGAAAACCGAAAGUUUAAUGAAAGAAAUAGAAAAUGCUAUGCAAAAGCAGGAUAUAUUUUCUGAAUUUUCUACCAAUCUAACGUUAAGUCCUAUACAUAAACAAACAAGAAAACAUUGCUGCAACACACCAAAAGUAUCUACACCAGAAAAAACUAUGCAAAACUCACUCGCAAAAAAAGAAUUUCCUAAUAAAAAGAAAGAUACAGACAAACAAGAAAACGAUAUUGAAAAUAGCACAGAUAAUGUAAAAACUAAACACAUUUGCAAUUGUUGUAUUCUAGGUGAAAAUAAGAAAAGUAACGGCGAUUUAGAAUUUUUGUAUGCAUUUGUAUCAGUUAAUGUUAAGGAUAAUGUUUUGCCACAAUCACUAAUGAAAGAUAACAUAACAGUGGAAAGCGUGUGUAAGUUUUUAGCAGCUAAAGUAAAGUUGAUGCAAGAACAAAUGGACAAGCUGCAGUCAAAUAUUAACAAGAAGACAAAGCAAUGUGAAGCCCACAUGACUCAACUCGCGGAACUCGAGAGCGAAAGAAUGAGUCUAUUAAAUAAAACAAACACCAUGAGAUCGGAAACAGCCGACGUGAAAGCUAAAUAUGGAGUCCUACAAAGUAAAUUAAAUGAGAAAGAUAGUUUGUACAAAGAACAACGCAGUGCUACGGACAAACUGACAAUACAAAUAAAAAGUAUUAAAUGUAAAAAUAUAAGUCUGGAAGCGCGAUGUGCGUCUCAAGAAGAAGUCAUAGCUAAAUUAAAGCAAGAGAUUCAAGUCGCCAAAAUGGCCGAAAAGGAAUUUCGAGAUUCAACACGGAAUUUGUCUUCGUCGCACAUAAACGAAAUAAAUCGUUUGGAAACAAAAAUUAAAAUAUUAACAACUUGCAUAGAGAAGCAAAUGUCUCUCAUAGACAAUUUAAGAAAACAAAACGCCUUGCUUUAUACCGAUGGGGCUCUAAAGGCUUUGGAAAAAGAUUAUUGCGAUUUUUUAACCCAAGAUUUA